UGGAGGUGGGCGAUGAACGACCUGUGCUUGGCUCCGCUCCUCGCUACCACAUAGAUGUCAAGGAGAAAGGGGGUGUUAAGAGAGUGAAACCCUAUAAACAGUUAUUUAGUAGUGUGGUGUGUAGAGACUAUAAAACAGUGUACAGCAGUGCAUCAGAUGAUAUUAACAAUGUUGCCGGAUAUCCCCACCAGCACGUUGGAGAGCGCCCUGAGUGCCCACGCCGGACGCCACGACCAGGAAGAACUGGUCGACACUAAUAAUAACGACCAGGAACAUUGCUGCCACGAUAACGACGACGGUAACUGCAAAAAUGAAGGUGACGAUAAGAGUGCUGAUAGUCGCAUCUGUCAGACAUCUGCAGGUGCCGGCGUUAAAUACCAGCUGCGACCUCGGUCAGGGCAGGGUCAGCGGCGCUACGAUAGUGACUGGAACCUCCACGACACCCUGAUACACAAGCCGCGCCCCCCACCUCUGUCCAGGUACCGCCGGAAGACGGCAAACGCCCGUGAGAGGUACCGCAUGCGGCAAAUCAACUCUGCUUUUGAGAGUCUGCGCGGUGUUUUGCCUUCGUGGGUGUGUCGCCGACGUGCCGCAGCUGACCUAACUAAGAUAACUACUCUGAAACUUGCCUCGGCCUACAUCAGGUCGCUGCAGGACAUCCUGGACGGUAACGCCCAUCAGGACAUUUGCUCCUGGGUCCUCUCAAGCCUCCUUCAGGACGAUCCAACCUCCAAGAAGCCCCGGCUACAACUUGGCCUCAGUUGCCCCAGUGAGACCCAGCUCACUGAGCUUUCCAAUACUCCUACGGAGUCCCAACUGGUCUCUCUCCUGUAUGGAGCUUCAGCUACUGGAAUCCUUGAAGAUGACCUCGGGUCAUUCUCAUACUCCUCGUCGGUGUCUGAGACUGAGGGCGUUAGCCUCCUGCUGGGGUGUGACCCGGCUCCCGCCUGGACACCCCAGUACCCUCAUGUCGUCACCUGACACCUUGACAUCUCCCAGGCUAAGCAAGAUUUGCUCCAUAUUUCUUUAUUAAUAUGAUUUAUUUAACUAGAUAAACACCAUGUAUUAAUCUGUAUCUUCUUGUUACGUACUCUGGAACGUUCGUGUAGAUCUGUGAUUCUAGAGAAUAUUUAGUUUAGUCUGUCAUAAUAGCGGUGAAUAUUUUAAUUUAUUGCAUAUAUAGUAAUGAGUAUAAUAUAAUUAGACACAAGUGUUUCACUCUAGAGUGCUACACCCCCGUGCUGUCAAGUUACGCCAUGUUAUAUAUAGUGUAUAUAUACGAAACUUUGACAGCUUAACUUGCCUGUGACAUCACGUUAUAUAGUGAUGAUAAGGAUCCAGUAGGAUCCAUGUCCAGUAUUUAUCGUUAUAUAGACGAUAACGUAAGUCAAACGUUAUCAACAUGUAAAUUUUUAGUGUAUUGCUGCCACCUACUGAGAAGCUCUGCAAGUUGUCCCAGACCUUCUUGGAUCAUCAUCCACACACUUGCAUGUUACUGUAAUGGAAAGGAUGUACUUGAACAUUUAUACCUAUGACAUUCCAUCAGAUCCUGAUCUAUGAAACAUACUAAUCUCUCAUAUAUAUAUAUUCACAUCUUGACUGAUGAUUGUAGUAUUUGUGUUCUAUGAGACUGCAUCUCAAAUUUCUGGAUCAGAAAAAACUAGGUAAUAUAAAAUUUGUAACUGAAAUGUUCAAUUUCGACAUUAUUUCAUGAAAUAGAAAUUG